GAUAUUUUGAUAGGUACUUACCCACCUACCAAUUUUGGUUUUUAAGAUUUUGCAUUUUAAUGUUUUAUUUUUAUUUAAGCUGGUCCUUAAGUCUUUCAAAACUUGAUUCAUUGUGAUUCUGAUUUCUGAUUCCACUGCAUUUUGUUACAUCAACAUGCCAAUGAUAAUCAAUAGAUACUUGCAAGGAAAGAUGCUGAUUGCAUUGGUGAUCUUUGCGGUUGUGUUUAUAACUUUUCUUCUGUUUGUAAUUUUAUAUAUUUACCCAAGUGCCACUCGGGAUACUACAGUGCCAGGGCCUCCUCCAUCAAGUUCCAGCGAUGGUAACCUGACGGACCUGGAGCUGGCCGGCGGUCUCGGCGAGUACCUGCGCGAGCUGCAUGCCCAGUACGGACCGCUGGUCUCGUUCCACCUCGGGUCGCAGCUGGUCAUCAGUGUCGGCUCGGCGGCGCUACUGGAGCAGCACAGUGGCGCCGCCCAGCGGCCGGACAUGUACCUCGAGUUCCUGCGGCCGCUGCUGGGCCGGGAGAGUAUCGUCUGGGCAGACGCCGCUGAGACGGCCCGCCGCUGGCGGCUCUACCAGCAGGGUUUCAGCGACGAGUGCCGCGCCGUCUACCGGGAGGCCGCCGCGGAGGCGGCCGGCCGGGUAUCUGAGAAGCUGCGCUCCCUGUCAGCCGGAGAGCACAUCUCUCUCCAGCAGUACACCACGGCUCUGGCUCUGCACGUGAUGGCCCGCUGCUGCUUCGGACACCAUAUGGACGACGAACAGAGCAUGCUCAACUUCGCACAGGAGUAUGAGAUUGUGACGGCUGAGGUGACGAGCGAGGCGUGCGGCCGUCAGCUGUACGAGAGCCAGCAGGAUCACCUGAGAGAGGCGGCGGCCGCUCUGCGCGACGUGGCCGGCGCCAUCGUGCGCAAACACCGCAAGGAGAACAAAUCGACGGUCUCCCUCGUGGAGUGGGUGUCGCUGUCCACGCAGGCCGGCCGCGGCGCCGCCGGUGACUCGGACGCUCCGGUCAGUGACCUGCUGGCCCUGUUCCUGUUCUUCUGCGAGACGCUCUCGAGCGGCCUGUGCUGGACGCUGCAGCAGCUGGCGCGCCACCAGACGGUGCAGGAUGACGUGGUGGCUCAGCUGACUGGAGAGAGGACCGAUGACGGCCUGGUGGGUCGCGUGCUCCGCGAGUCGUGGCGCCUCGGCUCUGUGGUGCCUCUGACGGCUCGCUGCUACGGUACUCCGGCGGCUGUGGAGGGACACACUCUCCCGGCGCGCACUCCGAUCAUCAGCGCCUACUGCGUCUCGCACACCGGAGACGGCUGGAAACAGCCCAACAAGUUUGACCCGUCUCGGUUCAGCGGCGACACCCCGGCGCUCGAGAUGAACCCGCUGCCAUUCCUCUCCAAAAAUGACGACAUCGACUGUGUUAUCAGCACGUAUGAGGAUCUGGCGACGGAGGUGCUGCGGCAGCUGCUGCCGUCCACCCAGCUGGAGCUGCUACCGGACCAGAGUGACGAGCAGCUCAUCACGCUGGUCACCACACCGCGGGAGGACGUGUGGGUGGCCGUCAGCCCCCGCGCCGCCGCCCAGUGACGUCAUACUGCAGAGGUACUGUGACGUUACCACACCCCGGGAGGACGUGUGGGUGGCCGUCAGCCCCCGCGCCGCCGCCCAGUGACGUCAUACUGCAGAGGUAAUGUGACGUCACCACACCGCGGGAGGACGUGUGGGUGGCCGUCAGCCCCCGCGCCGCCGCCCAGUGACGUCACACCACUGAGAGGUACUGUGACGUCAUCAGUCAGCUCCCGAACCGCGGAAUCAUGUCAUUGUGACGCGUUUCUGAUCUGUCGCCGCUAACGGUAGCCGUGUUAAGGGCACGUCGGUCGUGUAAAUCGUGGGAAGGUAGGACAUUAGUACUGAACGGCGAAGGAACUGGCUGACCGGGACGGCCGAGUUGGCGGACCGGGCAGGUCUCUGAUGGCCCCACUGAAUUGGAGUCUUGUAGUGAGCGAGACGGAUGACUCCAUGACCGGAUUGGCUACUUGCAGUAGGCUGGGACUGGACCUGUCGGGGCGGGGUGUGGGGAAGCAGUGUAAUGGGUUGACUGGGACUGAGACUGAGACUGAUACAGACCGCACUGACUGGGUUCGGUGCCGGGCCGGUCGGGGGUACCUGUGCGUGCUUCCCUGCUGGGAGGACAGCCUGUAGCGAGAGAACAUAAAACUGGCACGAUCACAGGGUCCCUUAAAUGUGCUGCGUUUGUUUUCCAAGCCAGAUAGAGCGCAGUGCUGAAGGAGAGCUUUGAAGGUCUUCUAUUUUUCCACGUUUGUUGUUGGUUUGCGUUUAUUUUUGCUGUGUAGCCUGCACCCUAAAGAUGCGUUGCUUAUAGCUUAGUGAUCAUGCGUUUGAAACGCUCCAGUUAGUUGCAGUUAUGCUUUUAUAAGCCUGGUUUGUAACAGAUUGCAUAUUUUUGUGACGAACAUUUAAAAUAAAGUGCUGUGAGUUU